AACUUACAAAACAAGAACAGACAUGUCAAAAAAAAAAAAAAAAAUUCCACGGUAUACAUUUAUCUUUAUGUUUGCUGGAAUGGAAACGGAAAUUAAACGGGCAGGAACGGGAUAAAGAGUUUAAAUCUCACGGGAUCAGAUAUGGGAGUAGUUAGUAGCAGUACCAAGUUUUGGGUGCGUUCACGGAGAUCAUUCUGCGCAGAAUCUGUGCAGGAACUGACUGACGAAAUUUUUUGACAAGAAGCAAAUUAAAAAAUAUAUGUACGGAACAGUAUGGGCUGGAAAAAAUGCUGGUGAGACAGGAUGGGAAUAAAAAUUGAAUUGAACAUUUUUUUUCAUGGGGUUCAUUCAGUCCCGUUUCCACGUUACACCUCAGCGUUUCCCAAAACGGUGUGAGAAGGUACAGUCAAGUUUCGUAGCUCAUACCCAACGAGUCCCAACCGGUCCAGGCGGAAGUAUUAUUACGUAGCAAGUUACGCAAGUUCAGUGUGUUUUUGGAUUUCACUACAAUGGCGGUCGUUAGAGCGCAAAGAACAGUGAGAAAAGAAAAUACUUCUUUAUCUUGGGAUGCGGAGGAAAUUAAAGCACUUUUGAAUACUUGGUCAGAAAGUUCUAUUCAGGAGCAGUUACUGGGUGCAGUGCGAAAUCUUAAAAGUUUUUGACAACAUUUCGAAAACGCUGCAGACAAUUGAAAUUGAAAGGACGGCAGUACAGUGUCGUGUCAAAAAACAAACAAACAAACAAAAAAAAAAAAACUCAGGGACGCCAACAACAAAAGUGGCAACAACAGAAGGACGUUCACAAAAACAGACGCAAUGUAGUUUGGAAAGUGUGACUUAGGUCACCAGCUGGAUCACCCGAGCUGGACAACUUUAUUAUACACUCAUAAACAAGCAUUACCUUUCCAAAACAAUUUACACAGUGAUGUAAUCAUUAACAGUUUGAAUGUUAUUUUGUAAUAUUAUUUAUUUAUGUUUUGGUAACAUCCCCAACACUAAACCUAGAGAAGAUGAAGUGAGGUGCACCUGUCCAAUGCAGGAUUGUAACAUGUACAAGCCCUCAUUUUUCAGCCUAAUAAACCACUAACAUUUAAGACCUUCACACACCACAGGUGCAAUGCAAUUCUUAAUUACAAACGGACUUUCCAGCCCUUUUUCAACCAUGCAAAUCAGAAAAAAGUAACCCGGAAGAAGAGGAGGGAUGAUCCUUCAAAAACUUCCUCAUUAGCCGGCGUCAGAGGAAGACUAAGUAUGGAAUUUUACACUGCUGAGAACGGACAGUACUUUUAAUGUACAGGCAGAACAAUAUAUGGAAUGAAAUGAGCCAUGUGAUUCAGUAAGUUAUUUCUUGUUCAAAGUUCAGUCAAGCUACAGAUUAAGUUCUAAAGACGGAUUAAGAAACAGCUUGUACUUGUAUUUCAGUUGGAAACAGUCACAAGGAUCGCAGAGAUGAAUAAAAAAGGCCUCACUGAGCUGUACAGUAUCUGAAUUACUGCUGGACAGUUAAGAUGCUAAUACUUCAGUCUUCAGUCAGUCUGGAAUUGUGUGGUAAAUUUAAAACCUUGCCAACAUUAUUCUGCAAAUCAUGGAGUCAAGACAAGAAUCAGAAAAAGAACUUCAGUCAUCCGGAACAUCCACAGAUUAUCAACUGAAAGAUAAUAAACAGGAAGAUUCCAAUCUUACCAGUAUUCCAAACAUUGAAGAGAUGGAUUUGACACAGGCAUUGACAAUCCUGAGAGAGAAGCUUUUACAGUUUGAACAAAGCAUUCACCAACUCAAGCAGGAUGAACGGGAGCAGACAAUAACUAACCUUUUGCCACUUUUCAUUAAGAUUGCAGAGAACACUGCUGGAGAGGAAAAACUGGCCAACAUUCAGACCUUCGCUGGUGAAAUCGCUCAAAUAAUGGUUGAAAAUAUUGAAGAGAAAUUAAGAAACAAGCCUGCAGAGGAAGCUCGCUUUGCGGUGGAACAUUUCAUACAGUGGAAAGAAGAAGCGAGCACUAACAAAGGGUGGCUCUUAUUAAAAUCAGUUUGGUUAUUAUGCAGUGUUGACUCGGAAACAGUAAGCAUCAUCAUUACAAGUGGAAUACCAGCCAUUCUUUUAAAGUGCCUGUAUCUGUUUGUAGCUUUCCCAUCAAACAGUGAAACAACUGAAGACAACCCAGAGCAUUCAUUCCAGGAAAUCUUCACUCAGACACUAUUAAAGCUAUGCAGUGAUCUGAACUGUGUAGAGGAAAUGGUACAGACACGUGAACUACAGUGUCUUAUUAUAGCCAUGACCUCCCUUUGGGACCAGUGUUGCUCUUCCUGGAGAAGAUCUGCAUCUCUUGUACUAAGAGCUAUUUCAAGUGUCCAGGCUUUAAAUACAGUCAAGUCAUUACAAGCCAUGAACUGCAUAAAGAUCUGCACUCAAAACUUGGCAAAAAUCGUUGAUCAAGUACCUCCCAGUGUCUUGGCUGAAGUGGCUGUCAGCGUGUUCAGUUUUAUAAAGGACUCCUAUUCCACGUCUCCAGGGCUGUUAGCAGAGUUUGAAAAUAACGAGGGAUACAGAAUACUACAAACAAUAUUGUGUCGGAGUGAGGCAGAGAUGAAUGAAGAAAAUGGAAAACCUGUUGAGGAUCUGCUGAAUUUUAUAGCUCAUCUUACGCUUUGUGGACAAGCUGAAUUAAAAGUUGCUAUUUGUGUUUCGAACCCUCAGCCCCCAGGAUUCCGGUUUGAUCCACCACUCGCAACAGGGACAACUGUGAAAAACCUCCCAGCUUUUAGGAUAUUGCAGUCAGCAUUCCAACAAUCAGGAAGCAUCUACAUCUGCACCCAAAUUCUGUCUACCAUUAAACACAUCUGGACUUGGACAAGGGCCAACUUCUUCCUGCUGGAGUGGACAUUGCAGUCUCUCUCACAGCUUGCUGACUCUAUUUGUUUGAAGCCUCUUCAAAUCCACACCCAGUUCUUUCAACUUGUGGAGAUGGUGGUUUUUGAAUUGGAUUACAUUCCUCAUGAAACCCUUCAAAAAAUUCAGUAUCUUAUUAAGGAAAACUUCUCCACAAGGUUUACCAUGGCAGCCUUGAAGUGCUUUUACAACCUAACCAUGCACACAGUGCUGUUCAAUGAUGUCUUUAGUGACUCUGGGUUGUUGAAACUGCUUCUUGAUGAGCUCCGGAAACAAGCAAAGAUCCUGAGAAAAGCAGGUAUAACAGGGAACAAGAAAAUGGUAAAUGAGCAAGAUGUCCAAAAGGAACUAACCACUGCAAUGCUGAAGGCUGUUGCUGCCUUGGUGUUGAGAUCUGUGAAGAAUACUGUUUUUUUAAGGGACUGUGGAAUGGUUCCAUACAUCAAGAUUUUUUUGGAUGACCAGCAGUACCGGCUUUCUACUUUGUGUAUUCUGGAACAGCUGUCCGUUAUAAAUCCAGAGGAAUACAUGAGCAUAGCGAUCGGAGCCUUGUGCUCUUCCACUGAAGGGGAGCUGCUGUUAAAACAGGACCUCCUCCAGUCUCUUCUUAAAGUGCUAGAAACACCAAAAGGCUGCUGUGCCUUCAGAACAGCAGGGGGAUUUAAUGGACUGUUAUCUGUGAUAGUGGACAUGGAGGGAGCUCUUUGUGACCAGCCUGCUGGAGAAUGGGCUACAGUGGACCUCGACAGUAAAAUGGAUCUAAUUCUAUUAACACUCCACACCAUCACAGUGGCUAUCCACUUGGAUCCAGUAAAUAGUCACUUUUUUCAGACCACGGGCCAUUAUGAGAAAAUGGCUGAAGCCAUCAGGCUCCUUGGUUGCUUCAAUGAGGAGGAACUUUUAAAGUCUGACAUAGACCUUACUCACUGUAGGACAUUUGCUGAAUUUGUAGAUAUUGUUAAAAACUCAAAAGAGCACAUACCAUUGUCUUUGCAUCAUUGUCUACAAAUUGUGACCUGUCUUGAACAAGUGGCCAGAGGAGCACUUAACAUAGACUAUUCUAAAAAUGUGGAACAAGCUCCGGACAGUUGUGAGCCUCAGGCUGAUGGGAAAAACAUCCACCCAGAAACAGAAGAAGGGCUUUUCUCUCAGGGUGACCAGGGUUCCAUUAGAAUAAUUAGAAGUGCUGCUUGCAGAACAUCCACGAUAUCUAGUGAAUUUGAUAGCAGAUUGAUUGGUGAAUCCAUGAUAGUACAUCCAGGUGCUAUCUGUGUGAUGAUGACCCUGCUUCCAAAAAUAUACAAUCAAGAGAACACACAGCUGUCCAUAGAGCUUCAGUUUGCAGUCACUGAUCAUGUUCAGUCGUUAGUGAAGUCCGAGAGAAAUCGUCAGAUCAUGUGCAUGUCUGGUCUUCUACACACCCUCCUAACUCACUGCCAGACCAUUCUGAAUAACACUGCUCAUCCUCUACAUCUGUCCAUUUUAAGGAUCUUUGAGAAACUGGCUUCACAAGCUAUUGAGCAUAAAUUACUAAGACAAUUCCUUCGCCUUAGAAAUCCCCUAAAGUGUGCAGCCAGCAAACAGAAAGAUGUGUCUUAUGUGAGAUAUCAGAUGGACUCACAUACUACCAGUCUGGUUACACGUGGUUACACUGACCCUAAUUUAAAUCAGGAUUUUCUUUUUGAAAAAAGAAAAUCCAAGUCAGGUUUUAGUUUGCUCAAUGUUUCUAGGGACGCCGCCUUUGCACUGCACCGCAUCAUCAGUCUAGUUUCGAUGACAUCACCUCGGAACUUUCACCCUCACAAUGUAUCGACUCCACCAUCAUUUGUUGAGUUUGACAUGAGUGCUACUGGAUAUGGAUGGCUUUUCCUUCCUUCACUUGCCACAGUUAAGGGUGUCAAUGCAGAUGCUGUAACAACUGGUGGACAUGGCACAGAUGGCCGGGGGUUUCCUCCUUCUGCUGGCCUGUCCUUCUCCACCUGGUUCCUGAUCGGGAAGUUCAGCUCUGCUUGUGAUUCACAUCCUGUCCGUCUCUUUACAAUCGUCCGCCACAUGUCAAGGAUGGCCCUGCACUUCAUAUGCCUCUCAGUCAGUAUCUCAGCCCCUGACUGUUCCCUGGUUAUUACUACAGAGGAGGAAGCUUUUCAGUUCCUAGAUAUGAUGGAGCCAGAGACUAAACAUACAAGUUCAGCACCAACCUCUGUCCGUUUUAUGUGCUCCAAGCUGCUGAUUCCUGGACAGUGGCAUCACCUGGCUGUGGUCAUUGCUAAGGACAUGAAAAAGACCUGCAAGCUCACUGUCUAUUUAAAUGGGAAAAUAAUAGGGACAGCAAAGAUGCAGUAUAUUCAACCUUUCCCAGGGCAAAGCAUUUCUAUGGAGCCAACUGCUGUCAUUGAUGUGUAUGGCAUUAUAGGCACUCCACACAUAUGGAAGCAGAUGUCUUCUCUGAUUUGGCGCCUUGGCCAAGCAUAUUUGUUUGAGGAAGUUAUCUCUUUGGAAACAGUUGCAGCUCUUUAUAAACUGGGUCCAAACUACUCUGGGAACUUGCAGGCAGUGUCUUUUGCAGGAGAUGAUGUUAAUCCUGAGCCCUCACCAUCCAGACUGGUAACUGAGGAAAGGAUUUCUUUCGGUAUCAAUGCAAACUCAUUCUCUGUUACCACUGUCAUGGACAUUAAAAGUUGUUACAAUGAAGUUGAUAGCCGCCAGAUAGCUCAAGAGAUGGGGAUUACAUCACGUGACAGCUCUACUCCAGUAUACCUGGCCAGAAACCUCGCUCAGCAUCUCAGCGGGACCGCCCGUACUAUUGGAGCCGCACUUGUGGGGCAUUAUGGAGUAAGAACAUUUGCGUCCAACACUGCAGCCAACAGCUUUCAGUUCAUCGGGGGGCCCUCAGUGAUUUUAGGCUUUGUUGCCAUGGCAUCCGACGACAGUUCCAUGUAUGCAGCUAUGAAAGUUCUGCUGUCAGUCCUCAGCAGUAGCACUGGCUGUGAGAAGGAGAUGAAACGUAUUAAUGGGUACAAGUUAUUGGCGUUUCUGUUGAAGUUGAAGUCUUCAUUGUUAAGCAACAGAAUAUUUCAGCUCAUACUCUCGAUUGUUGGAACCAUGGAACUUGGCAGUGGAGCAGCUACAAUUCAGAACCAUAGUGCUUUUAAAGACAUUCUCUGCGAUUCUGAGGUUUGGCAGAAUGCACCAGAUAAUCUAGAUUUCAUUCUUUUGACUCAUUAUGUGGAUCUGCUUAAAUCUCCAAGUGAUGGACCUAGAAAUGCUGAAGUCAUGCAUCGGAUGAAUGUGAUAAAAAAGCUUAUUUUCCAACUUAAUGAACCCAGCCUGACUUGUGAAAAAGUCAAAAUUAUUUCUAUCAUAAUGAAAAAUCUGUUGAAGGGGUAUUUUGAUACCAAGGAUGUUCUCAGACUUGGAUUAUUCCUUGUUUACACACUGCUGCCACCUUCCCUGAAUGAAAAUGUGAUUUUUCCUGAGAAUGACUUGGAUGUGUCUACCCAAGCCCUGAGUCAAACACCUGCAAGAACAAUCUGGCUGAGGAACCAGUUGCUGCAGAUGCUGUUAGAUUUAAUCUGUUCAGACAACCUUCAUCCAAGUUCAAAGGAUCAAGAAGAAAUGUUCAUGGCCCUGGGAUCAGAUUGGUUUCUACUUUUCAUACAAGGUCAUCUGCAUUCAACCACAGUUUUGUUAGGAGCAAAGUUACUGAUUCACUUCCUGUAUAACCCAGUCAUCAUGGAGAAGUUCAGAGAUGGAAUGCCAACAAGUAGCUGGCUCUCAAACAUUGCAGAAGAUUGUGCAGUACUAAUGUACAAUUUAAAAAGUCAUCCUUGGACAGCUGCACAGACUGCAUGUGUAUCACCCGGAUUUGCAGUGUUGCAAAACCUUUUAGGACACCAUGUGCACAUCCCUCAGGUCUACUACCUUCUGGCAGCCUUGUUCCUACAGAAACCAAGUCUCGAAGUGCCAGCAGAAAAGCUGGACCUUGAUUCAAUGCUGCAGUAUGUAAUAGAAAAUGUAAGUGAAAGGCAGAAGAUAUGCUUAUGUGAGGAUGUGGCCAUUGUUCUCUUGGAGUUGGUAAAGAUCAUUUUAAGCAAGCCCACAACAGGUACAGAGGACCGUUGGGAAAUAAACUACCCCGGGAGUGUCAUGCAGUUUUUUUGCUUGGUCCACAACAUCUCCCCAAGAGAGCCUCUUUGGUCUUCUCCAGAAUUUCUCCAUGCUUUGGCUGGCACUAUCUUCCCAUCAGAUUCUCAAGUGACCCCACAGGACUGUUCAGUGCUUUCUGAAGGCACUUGCAUUCAGGAGACAGUACCGCCACCGUUUACCAACCCAGCCAGGAAACAGGUGUGUGAUUUCAUGCGCAUUCUGCUGAUGGACAGUCUUAUAAACAUCCCAGCCAAGAAACAUCUGCACCCGUUUGAACUCCUUCUAGAGUUUUCCCCAGAAAAGGCGACACAUGAUCAAAGGCAGAGUUUCCAGACGGAGUUGCUUGAAUUCUUGAUGGACAUUGUGCAGAUGACAUGUCGGGAAGAAGGAAAAGCUACUCAUUUGGCCAGAGAUGAUUAUAAAAUCUCUAACAGCACUCAAGACGGAAAGAUUGCCAUAUUAGUCGGAAAUGUAGCUUUCUUCAGUAAGAAGCUUGUUGAAAAGCUGUACGCUGGCAUGUUUGUUGUGGAGCCUGAGAAAAUUCUUCUUUUCAUUACGGACCAGAUUGUUGUGGUACUGGAGAAAGCCUAUUCCCAGCGGGAGCAGAUUGUAAGCAUCCUCUAUAACAGUUUAAAUAGAGCUAUACUCUACUUUCUGUCAAGACCGCGACAGUCUUUGGCUGAACAGCAGACCCUUGCCAGGUCUUUGAAAGUCCUGCAGGACCAGUGGGACAUCAUCUUUGCAACCUACAACUCCAAUGUGAACUUUAUUACCUGUCUCAUGCACUGUCUUGUUCAAAUUAAGGCUGGAAGCUGUCCUGAUGGCUUUGGAUUGAAAGGACACAAGAAGCACCCCAAGGGAAUUUGGUAUCACUUUUUGCCAAAGAAGAAUAUUCAGACAAACCGGAAACUUGAACUACCUAAUGAAUUAGAUGUUCAAUCAGAACUUCUGAAGUUAGUGGAAACUACAUGGAGUAAAUUAAUGUCCGAGAGAAGGCGCACUCUAGAAGAUACCUACAAGAUUGAUCUGUUAGUAAAGCAGGGGAAUUCAGACAGUGGCAUGAAUAUUUCUGAAAUUACCCCUCUUUGGGAAGAAACAGCAAGUAAAGCUUGGCAGCAGUUUAUAGCUUCUCGAAAGAAGAAAUUAGCUAAAGUCAUGGCAGUGCAUAGCCAGCAAGGGAAAUCCUAUCCCAUAAGCAGCUCCCUUGCAACAGCAAUGCGGACAGCACACAAGAGGUUUGUUAAGGACACAGAGUGCACUGUUGAGGCAUUUCUGACAUGUAUGGAUGCGCAUAGAAAGAGUGGCCAGGAAGUGUUUGCAGCAGUUUAUAAAAAUCACAUUCAGAUGCUUCAGUGUGAAAAUAACAAGACUUCCAAACAGUGGGUGGAGAUAGAGGAACAACUUCUUCGGGAAAGGGGAUUAUUUGGUCCAGAAAAAGGAGUUGUUUCCCCGUUGGGGUGGAGUCAGGAUCCCGCAGAGGGGCCUGCUCGCAUGAGGAAGAAAAUGAGACGAAACAACCCAAGUGACAAAAAGGAGGAGGCGGGAAGAGAGUACCAAGCAACCAGCAAAGGAUUGUAUUUCAAGUUUAAUCCUAUUGAAGAGAGCCAAGGGAUGAUCGAGGGCAGUGGAUUAAAUGCAGAAGCAAAUGAUGUGGAUGUGCUGGGGAAAGAAGUGGAUGAAAACGGACUUGACUGCAACCAGCUAACCUUUUUCCCUUCCUUGAAUGAAACCUUUCAUUCUGAAGACUUCUCUGAGCAAUGUAUGGAAACACAAGUCAUUCUUCAGGAGAUGUCAGAGGCGGAAGAGGUCAGAAUGAAGUUAUCUGUGGUAAUUGUUAAAGGACAUGUCAUAUCAGAAGGCGUACUGCUAUUUGGAAAAGCUCAUUUCUACAUCUGUGAAAACUUUACAAUGUCUGAAUCAAGAGAAGUUUAUUGUACAAAACAUCAACCUUCCAGAAUUACAGAUUCCUUCAUUUGCAACAUGUUUAGCAAGGAGAAACCUGGAGAGAAUCCUACUUGCUCCAGGUAUCCUUAUGAGGAAAUUCAAGAAGCGCAUUACAUGCGUUUCCUCCUUCAGGACACUGCACUUGAAAUAUUUCUGAGAUGUGGAGAAUCCAAGUUUCUUGUUUUUCAGAACAAAGAUCAAAUCAAAGCUUUUAAAAGGUUUUGCUCUGCUGUACCAUCAUUAAAAGGGAAAGGGGUCACGGAAGCCAUUAUUAAUAUGCGAAAGAAUGGAGGAGGAGAAAAGACAGCGCUACAUAAAUGGCAGAAAGGGAAGAUGAGUAAUUUUGAAUACCUCAUGUACCUAAACACCUUGGCUGGCCGGACAUACAAUGACCUCAUGCAGUAUCCUGUCUUCCCCUGGAUUAUUGCUGAUUAUGAUUCAGAGACAUUGGAUCUUUCUUGCCCUACAACUUACCGAGAUUUGUCGAAGCCCAUGGGAGCACAAACUGAAGAAAGACGAGCCAAAUUUGUUCAACGAUAUAAUGAAGUGGAAAACAAUGAUGGUGACCUUUCUGCACAGUGCCACUAUUGCACCCAUUACUCCUCUGCUAUUAUUGUAGCUUCCUUCUUGGUCCGAAUGGAGCCUUUUACAACGACUUUCUUGUCUCUGCAGGGUGGAAGUUUUGAUGUUGCAGAUAGGAUGUUUCACAGUGUGAAGAAAGAAUGGGACUCUGCCUCCAAAGACAACAUGAGUGAUGUGAGAGAGCUCAUCCCUGAAUUCUUUUACCUGCCAGACUUUCUUAUCAAUUCCAAUAAGUUUGAAUUUGGUUGCAUGCAAGAUGGAACUACACUGGGUGAUGUGGUACUACCAAAAUGGGCAAAAGGUGAUCCAUGUGAAUUUAUCAGAUUGCAACGGGAGGCGUUGGAGAGUGACUAUGUCAGUGCAAAUCUUCAUCUGUGGAUUGAUCUGAUCUUUGGCUUCAAGCAGCAGGGUCCAGCUGCAGUGGAGGCAGUGAAUGUCUGUCACCCCUAUUUCAAUGGUGACCUAAUAGAUCUUGCUAAUAUGAAAGACCCCUUGAAGAAGAGCACCAUCCUGGGCUUUGUCAGUAACUUCGGACAGAUACCAAGACAGCUUUUCACAAAGCCUCAUCCUCCUAGACUGGGAAAUCAGAAGAGCAAUUCCGGGAAAGAGGCAACCUCAGGCUCCGCUGCAGCAGGGGACACACAGCCAUUUUUCUUCAACCUAAACAAACUGAAGCCUUCUGUACAAGCUCUUAAAGAGCUGAUCAGAGGACCAGUGGGACAUAUUGUGUGUGGAGAGAAAGAAGUCUUUGCGGUGGAAAAAAACAAACUCCUGAUUCCACCUCUGUGGAAUAUGACCUUUUCCUGGGGAUUUAAUGAUCAUACUAGUGCCUUUAAAAGCUAUGGCACUGAAAAGAGCUUUGCCAUAUCUGAAAGUCUUGCAGACUGGGGACAGUGUCUGUGUGCAUCAUGCCCUACCCAGAGCUCUAUUAUUACAGCAGGGACAAGCACGGUGGUAUGCGUCUGGGAAAUAUCCAUCAGUAAAGAUAAACUGAAACACAUGAAAUUAAAGCAGACUUUAUAUGGACAUACAGAUGAUGUGACCUGCCUAGCCACCUCUUUGACCUACAGUGUGGUAAUCAGUGGAUCACUUGACAGAACAUGCAUUAUUUGGGAUUACAAUCGACUGAACUACAUCACUCAGCUUCCGGAACAUAAUGCAGGGCUCUCAGCAGUGGCUAUCAAUGAUUUAACUGGCGACAUUGCUUCAUGUGCAGGGCCUUUCCUUUACCUUUGGACUAUCAAAGGUCAGCUUGUUUCUUCUAUCAACACCUCUUGUGGACCUGAAGGGGACAUUCUAUGCUGCUGUUUUACACAAAUGUUUGAAUGGGAUUCCAGAAAUGUAAUUGUCACAGGAUGCGCUGAUGGUAUUGUGCGAUUAUGGAAGACAGAAUAUGUGAAAACACAAUUACCAGCACAUCAAGUAGAUCCAGUGUCUCCAGGGCACACAGCGGCUACAACUCCAGAGGAAACCGGUAAAAAGUGGGAAAAACACCUUGUCCUUUGUCGAGAGCUGAACAGAAACCAAGAAAAUUCUCGAAAAAGAUAUAAAAAUAACCCUGCAGUUACAGCACUGGCAAUAUCCAGAACUCAGAAUACAUUACUGGUUGGGGAUGCUUGGGGCCGGGUGUUCAGCUGGUCCACUGAAGGGUAGGAUAAGAAGGCAGAGCAUCAGUGUUUAAAUGCAAAACACAGCUGCUGUGCUAAAGCCAGGAGUUUGUUAAAAGCAAGAGUAAUCAUUUAAAAACUGCUGUCAACCAAGAUGUCUCUGGAAAUUGAGCAAUACUUAAUAGAUGACACAUACCUUCUUGGACAAGUUCUGGAAACCUUGCAAGCUGGAGAGCUGGAGUGUUUUCUUAAGAAUAUUAAGAUACUGCAGCUUCCAUCUGCCCUUUUCUGUAGACUUGUUAUAGACUGUUAGCUAGUGCCUUGCGAAUGUGACACAAUAUUCAGUUUAAAGACAUCCAUCUGGUUUAGUUUCAAUGCUUUUCAGUGUGAUUUUUUUGUUUUUGUAUUUUUUAUUCUGUUUUUAGGAGGAUCUGAUACUAAACUACUAUUGUGCUUGAGUCUGUGACACACUGUAAUAAAUAGACUUUUUUACAUGC